AAGGAAAAUGUCCAAAGAAGAAGAGGCAGCCGCUAGGAUCUCCAAAGACCAGGAUCGAGGAUGGGCGUGGGUGGUCUUAGUAGCCACCGUGAUUGUUCAAGGCCUAACGUUGGGCUUCCCUUCGUGUACUGGGGUCUUCUUCAAGGACCUGCAGCGUGAUUUCCAGGCUAGCAACAGCCAGACAUCGUGGUUUCCUUCCAUCAUGACAGCUGUGCUCCAUGCAGGGGGGCCUCUUUGCAGCAUUUUGGUGGAACGAUUUGGCUGCAGAACCACUGUGAUGCUUGGAGGCCUUCUCAGCGGGGUGGGCAUGGUUGCCAGUGCUUUCUCCAAGUCCAUUAGUCACCUUUACAUAACAGCAGGAUUCAUCACAGGCUUGGGAUCAUGUUUCGGCUUCCAGGCUGGAGUCACUGUGCUUGGCUACUAUUUCAUACGCCGUCGAGCCCUGGCCAAUGCUCUGGCCUCCACAGGUGUCUCCAUUGGUCUCACGCUGUGGCCGCUGUUCUCCCAGUACAUGCUUGACGAGAUGGGCUGGAGAAACACUUUCCUCAUCUUUGGCGGGGUGCUGCUGAACUGCUGCGUUUGUGGGGCUGUGAUGAGACCGUUGCCGGUCCAGCUGCCUGCCCCAUCAUCGAAACCCUACCCUGAACAGCCACCUGAAGGGGCCCAUUUGUCUAAUGGAAACACUGUGCAUCAUGAAAAGGAGCUGCCUCGGCCCAGGUGUGCCGCUUGCUUCCAGACCCUACAGAAGUACCUGGCUUUUGACAUCUUCUGCAAGAACAAGGGCUACCAGAUCUACACCAUUGGCGUGUCUUGGAUGGUGAUGGGUUUCGUGCUGCCCCUCAUCUACCUGGUGCCUUACGCCAUCUUCAAUGGAGUGCCGGAGCGCAAGGCAGCCCUGCUCAUCUCCAUCAUUGGGUUCAUCAACAUAUUCAUGCGCCCCAUGGCGGGCCUGCUCUCAGGCCUCAACGUCUUCACUGGCCGGAGGAUCUACCUCUUUAGCCUGGCCGUCCUCCUCAAUGGCCUGAGCAACCUCAUCUGUGCAAUCUCAGCUGACUACACCGUCCUUGUCUUCUACUGCUUGGUCUACAGUGUCUCCAUGAGUGUCAUCGGUGCACUUCUCUUCCAGGUGUUAAUGGAUGUGGUAGAGAUGGACAGGUUCUCCAGUGCCUUGGGUCUCUUCACCAUCUUGGAGAGUGUCACCAUUCUCAUUGGACCCCCUCUUGCAGGUCUUCUUGUGGAUAUCACGGGCCACUAUAGUUACGUCUUCUAUGCUUCCACCUUCUUCAUGGUAACGUCUGCUCUCUUCAUGGGUCUUAGCUUCUGCACCAUGAGAGCAAAGAACAAAUUGAAAGAGACCAAUAAGCUGCUAUCCCCAGAAGUCCCCUCCAGGGGAAAAUACACAGAAGUGCCAACGGAACAGAGGCCAAACACAAAUGAUCCUCCUGCAGUCAUCUAUAUAACAAGCAUCUGAGUCCAGAUGAGCUGGAGGGACAUUGGAUUUCUCACAAAUGAAAAACAUCUGGAAACAGAAGGGGG